ACUUUUAAAAUUCUUCCUUCCUUACGUAAUGCCUCUCGGUUCUUCCGAACACUCCUAGUGUCGCAAUCAUGAGAAGGGAUUGCGAAUUACACCGCGACGCUCGCGCUUCCCAGUGGAAUUGAGUUCAGAAUCAAUGGGUACUUAUCGUGGGGCCGGCUCUUGUUCUCGCCAUGUUAUCUUCUCAAGACAAUUCUAUCACCAGCGAACAGCUUAAUUCGCUGAGGUUCGAAUACAUAAAAGCAGAGCUCGCCAAUUGGGAACAUAUCGUAUUUCAAGGUGACAUGGAUGACUCACGCAAACAGAGGGAAGCAUCUUCCAACAGUGGCGAUCAUACCUCAAAGCCAGUCAACAAUUCCACCGAUAAUACAGGGACAGGACAUCACUUUCACGGUGCUGCACCACCUCAAGUUCCUCCUGAGGCAUACAACUAUCUUAUACAUGCAUUGCUUUCGAUGCAAGGAGCUAUACCACCCCAAACAGCACAUAACCAAUCGUUACCAUACCCAAGUCAAGGACAAUUCCCGGCGGGUCCUUCUACAUCCUCGGCUUUUCCCAAUGUACCCCACCAAACCAUGCACUCCAAUCUACCCCUUGCGAUGUCGUCUACAGGACCUUUUUCACAAUUUCCCCCCGCUAUGAUGAGCCCACAUUCAGGCUUCCACAGUACGGUCAAUGAGCCUUCAGCGUUUGCGUCAUCAGAUACGACCCCUUCAGACGCAGGUGAUAACGCAGACGAAGCUGCUGCCAUUGCUGAAGAUAAGCGCAGACGAAAUACCUCUGCUUCAGCUAGAUUCCGGAUCAAAAAGAAGCAGAAGACACUCAACCUUGAGCGAACUGUUACCGACUUGACCGGCAGGACGGAGGAAUUAGAGCGAGAGGCAUCGGAGCUGCGACGAGAGAAUAGCUGGUUGAAGGAAAUUGUGCUAUUGAAAAGCAGAAGAAGGGGCGCAUUUGGUGGCUCGCAAUCCAGGAACUCCCAACAAGCAAGCACUUCAUCCGCACAAGGGGACGGCCACGACGCUGAUCCUAGCAGCGACGGGGAAGAAGGUCACGAGACACGCGAAACGAAAUGAAACAACGUGUGGUUGAAGUCGGGCCAUUUACGCUAUAGCUUGUCGACGUGUAUAAGAGGCUUGUAUUCAAGAUCAUAGAUGUCACGGAGAUGUUUUUCCCUCUGGGUGUAUUUAUCAGCCCCACCUCUUAGUAUAAGCUCAGCGUAGCAGCCAGGAUUUUGUAGCACGUUCGCACAUUUGUAGGUGCCUUGUAAGGUCAAGAUCUAGACCAUGGUUAACGUUCAUUAACAUUAAAUAUAAUGAUCAGUUCAAUAUA